AUGUCGAGCCAUGAUCCUCGCUCGUCCUCGCAGCAGUCGCUGGGCGCACACAUUGACGAUGACAGAGCAGGCAGACGCCGCCUGCUGCUUGUGUAUAUCCACGGUUUCAUGGGCGAUGAGACUAGCUUCCGAAACUUCCCCGCUCAUGUCCACAACCUUGUCUCCAUCACGCUUGCCGAGUCCCAUGUAGUUCAUUCCAAGCUGUAUCCAAAGUAUCGCUCAAAACAUGCCCUAGAGGUUGCUAGGGACGACUUCUCACGAUGGUUGAGUCCACAUGAGGACCGGUGGACCGAUGUAAUCCUUCUUGCCCACUCCAUGGGUGGCCUGGUGGCUGCCGACGUUGCACUGCUCUGUCGACACCGGAUUAUAGGCGUCAUCAACUUUGAUGUCCCUUUCUUGGGCAUGCACCCUGGCAUCAUCAAAGCUGGGCUUGGAAGCAUCUUCAAGCCGUGGCCUGAGCCCCAGGACCAGACUCCCGAGGAGCCUGACCCAGCUGGAAAGAGAGUUAGCCGAUUGAACACGCUCUUCAACCCCAGGCCCAAUGACCCCAAUUACAACCCACCCUUUCCCAACGAUGUCCAUCUCCCUGUUCGAAAAGGAUGGGAGAACACAUUGCACUGGCUGAAUAAGCACUCGAACGGCAUAGUCCAGGCUUCGAAAAGCCUCGUCCGGUCACAUUUCGAGUUUGGCAGCGCCAUGGCCGACUAUCGGACCCUCAAAGUACGAUAUAUGAAGAUCCGAGCUUUGGAAGAAGAGGAUGAGCGACAGAGGGCGUCUGCAUUGCAAGAGAUACAUCAUCCGCCGCGAAUACGGUUCGUCAAUUACUACACCACAAGUACAGGACGACCUAAAAAGCCCAAAUCUCCGAAACCGUCCUCACCAUCGCCUUCCCGGCCCGCAAGUAGAGCUUCUCCAGCCCCGCAAGCUCCCGCGGACAGCGCUACUGCGCUUGCGUCGUCAACCUCGCAACUCAAGAUAGACUCCCAAGGCUCGGAUACAUCCGCCGUCAGCCCUAGAUCAUCGAUUGAAAGCCCUCACGAGGAGGACGUUUUGGACGUCAUACCGCCAACGCCAAUAGAGGACGACAGCCCCGAGCCAUCGUUGCACAUUGUGGCAACAGAAGGUGGAUCUGGACCAGAGCUACCUGACAUCCCGUCGAUACCCCAAGAACCACCAUUCGUCGACUUGGCGCAAUUCGCAGACCGAGGUCAGAGGAAGGCUGCCGAAAAGGAACACGAUCAGGCUCUCAAAGAGUAUCAACGCGCCGUGAAAGCACGCAACAAGAUUAUCAACGACCGAGACAAGAUUCAAGAGAAAUGGGAAAAGCAGCAGAAGAAAAACCAGCAACUCAAGGAGAAGCAGGCACAGCAGGAUCAGCAAACUGAGACAAAGCAAACAGGAAAAGAGCUGCAAAAGGAGGACAAGCAGGUACGAAAAGAGCUGAAGAAUGCGGAACGAGCCAAGGGCAAGGACAAAGCAGGAAGCAAAGCACACACUGAGCUGAACCGCGAAGACGUUGGGGCUGUGCAGCUUGGCGGUGACAGUUCCCGCAGCACGUCGCAUAACGGCCCAUAUGGGAACUACGACUUCUCUCAAAGUGCCAUCAUGAACCACGCCGAGCCGGACGAGCACGCUUCCUACACGACAGGGUCCAAUCCCCCGUCUUCAUACAACGAAUCCACAUAUUCGCUCACCACUGCAGAUAGCAACGUCACGAAUCCGGGACCGGAGGCGCCACAGAAGGUGAGAAAGCUGAAAAAAUUCUGCAUGCUCCCGCCAGAAGACAGCAAAGGGAACAAGGAUCCCACCUGGAUACGCGUGUUCAUGGAAGGCAUCGACGAGGUUACAGCGCAUACAUCUUUGUUCUUUGUCAACGAUACGUAUGAGCGGUUGGUUGGGGAGGUCGGCGCUCGGAUCGAGGACUGGGUUUCGGAAGCGGAUAGUCUGAGGCUGGUGAGAGAGAUGGAGGGCCUGUGA